AUGGCUGAUGAUAAUUUUAAAGCGAGCGAGGGCAAAUCCACCAGCUGGGCGAAGAAGAAAUUACAAAAAAUUUGGAAACCGUUUAAGAAAAAACCAGCAAUGACGCCGGAUAUUCCGGACCAACAAAUUCCUCUACAAGACCCCCGGAUGAAUUUAAUAUCGUUACCGCCGGUGGAUGUUAAACCAACAUUAAGAAUUCCACCGGUACUGCAAACUUCAGUUAAAUCCGAAGCUGCAUGUCCGGGAACUUCUUACCAAGGUCCGGACAGUACAGGAGAUUUCGAAGCAGCUCAAACAGAAACAACCAACGAUGAUGGAGCAGGAAGAGAGUGCUCUUUAAUGAGGAAUCCUAUCACUAACAGGUCAUUUAAAAAACCGAAUAUAGCAGGACGUCGCAACAUUUACGGCCAAUUUAGCUACGCCGAUUUGCUGGUAAAAGCUAUAUCAUCAACGCCGAAGAAGAUGAUGACUUUAGCUAACAUCUACGAUUGGAUGUUCGAGAAUGUUCCGGUUCUAAGGCAAGCCUCGAAGUCGUCCAGCUGGAAGAAUUCCAUCAGACAUAAUUUGUCUUUGCACAAUAAAUUCGUGAAGGUUCCCAACGAGAAGAACAGCAGAAGCGCCUACUGGACUGUCGAUUUGACCGCCAAACCGGCCAAAACAACGAGAAAACGCAAAGACGAAGCCAAAGAUGAAACCAUCCAGAUGGAUUUCGCGCCUCAAGCGGAUAAUAUCCAAGAAGCAAAUAUUUCUAUACCCGAAGCAUUCGAUGUAGCUUCAAUUCCUCAUUUCUCCAAUUCAUUCAACCCUGCAAAUCAACAUCAAAUGAUUCCUCUCGAAUCCAACGGUUAUUCCGAUUAUUCCGAAUUGACCCCCACGCUUUUCGACACCAAUUACAAUAACAUAUCUCCAGAAUAUCAUCCAGUAAUUCCAGGAUAUCAGCAAACCGACGAAAAUCCCAGCGGAAAUUUCAUAAGUCUAGAGGAAUUUUCUAACUCCACUCCAACCCAGGGUUAUCCUAACAUACAACCAGGACCUUCGGGUUAUCAAUACCAAUCCACUUCGCAACUCUCCAAUAACUAUUCCAACGAAACGGGCUACUUGGAGUAUCCAUUUCCCGGCAACGAAACCGAUAACAAUUAUCCUCUGGAUAUUCUCCCUGGAUACCACGUUAGCUCGACUUUUCGACCGAGAAGCAGAUCCUACGAUAUCAAUUCCAAUCGUUUAGCCUGUCCUGAAACCAUCACCAAACCAGCAAAUUCGCCGGCAGGUUACCCGGAUUUUCGAUCCAGAACCUGGUCCAACAAUUCCAGAUUGAUGCCGAUACCAUCGCAAGAAGUGUUGCAGAACGCGGAUUUGUCUGGACAGAAAUACCUGGAUCACCACAACGAUAUCCAACAGAGACCAAGAUCGUACUCCUGCACUUUGUCUAAUAGAGGAAUUGCUUCUGGAUACGCGGAACAAACGACUAGUGGGGUUUACAAUCAACAAGACUUCGUUGUGUUCCAGGACAACGGGAAUUCCGGGAAUUUCCAGGCAAAUUUGGGAUCUGGAAGUGUUCUAGAUAACGAAAUUUACACCGCUGGAAACACCGAUACAGAAUUUCAGGUUGCUAUGAAUAUUAUCGAGGCGCAUUGCAUUUCGGAAAAAAGCAAAAUGAUUAAAAAUGAUAAAUUGGAAUCGAUUAAGCCUACUUUGGAAUGUCACAUUACCGAAAUUAUGAAACAAGAAAGCGAAGGUGCCGAUUUUUUCGAUUUGAAUUUGUUGGAUUUCAGACUGUAGGAAAAUUCUGAAUUGUUUUUUUUUAAUAAUGUCCGAUUAAUUUAAUCAAUAGGUAUUUAACAUUGGGAGUGUUUUAAACUGAAUAACACUAACACUUCGAGUGUAAAUAUCAUUUAAGUGCAUUACGGUGUGUAAUUUGAAUUUAAAUGUGUCGUGUAUUUUUUAAUUUUUUUUGUAAUUUUAAUGUGUAUUAGUAGUAUAGUUUUUGUAUAUAAUUUUCGUGUAGAUAUAAUUUUUAUAUCAUCUUGUACAGUUUUGGAUUUUCUAGAAUAAGUUUGUAAAGUUUUUUACUUUUAUUUGACAUUUUAUUUACCUAUUGAUUAAAAUUUAACGCGAGGAUAUGUUAAAGUGACAUUGUUUAAUUUCGAUAAUAAAUAAAAUGAAUUUUCCAAUAUACAAAUAUUUUGUUUCAUUACUUUUUGUUUGCCUGUUGAUUAAACUUUG